AUGCUACUGUAUUUAAAUGGUGAACGAAUAGGUGAAGUACUUGUUGAACAAUUUGUUGCUUGUCGAAUGAUGAAAGAUAAAACAUGUAGAAUUCCAUGUUAUCAAGAAGAAGAUGAUUAUCAUUUAACUGUUGUGAAAAUUUUUCUUGCCAAAUAUUUAGAAUCAAAAGAUGAUUCACCAAUUUUAUAUAAACUUAAUCCAAUUAUGUGGCAUGGAAAUGGUCCACCACGAGAUCGAACAAAUCAAACAAUUCAAUUUGAACAUAUUUAUUUGUCAGUAUUUAUAUCAAUAUCAAUAUGUAGUGGAAUUGGAUUGUUUAUAUCAUGUACUUUUCUUGCUUUUAAUAUUCAUUUUCGAUCACAUAGAUAUAUUCGUAUGUCAAGUCCAACAUUAAAUAAUAUUAUUUUAGGCUGUUAAAAUGGAAUAACAACACAAUUUGAUAGUUUAUCAACAGCAACAGAUGAUAGUGAUAGUUAUCGAACAGUAUCAAAAUUUCCUAAAACUCGACCAACAGAACUUAGUUCUAAACAAGGUCAAAAUGGACAAGAAAUUUCUCUUGUUGCUAAUCAUAUGAAAACCUUAGCAUCACCUAAAUUAACUAAUGAAUUAAUAGCAAUAAAAAUGAAAUGCACAGCAACAGCUUCACCUGAAUUCUUUCAUUUAGCAAAUUUGAUUGGUCGAAAAUUAUUAGAAAUUGCUGGUUUGAAAUUACUUUAG